AUGCCCCUCGAGAAUAACGAGUCCCCGACAGGUCUCGAGGGCGAAGCAUCGCCCGUCCUCUCUCCUUCGCGACAUCCAUCCAUUUCCCUGCAGGCUACUGCGGCCAUGAACGCCAGUCUGCAGCGUGAGUCCCCGUCUCGAGGCUCGUCAAACAGUCCCCUUUCCCCCCGCAACCGAUCACCCAGCAGUGAUCGCCGUCGAUCUCAGGUCCUCAUGAACCUUCACAUCGCCGACCCCUCUGUGCCCGCACCCGGCGAGAUGGUGUCGGACGGCCCACAGGGCACGAACCGGACGUCUAGCCCCCGCACCGUUUCUGCGUCUCCUCGCCUGAUCGCCUCUUGGGGUCCUCGCCACGACCGAGUCCCCAGCCUCGGCGAGCUGCACCAAGAGCUCGAAAACGAGCAAGAAUACCAGGUCAACCGACUGCUUGUCGAGAUCCGUCGCCUGCAAGAGCAGCUCCAGCGCCAACAGCAGCAGGCGGAAAGCCGGUCUACUACUGCUUCGGGCGACGAGGCAUCCGACCGCCCCGCCCCGCUGCCGAUCUUGUCUUCGUCGCCGCAGCCCGCCUCGUUCGACAUGGCCCGAGCCGACAUCCGCCAUCGAUCGAGGACUCCGAGCCGGAACGCCUCGCCCCGGAUGCGCUCCACCUCAGUCAGCGCCGACAGCGCCGAGCCCUUCUCCCUGGGCGGCAGAGACGAGAGCGCCUUCUACCAGGCCGAGUCGCAGAUGCUCAUCCGCGAGAACCAGAUGCUUCGGCACCGCAUCCGGGAGCUGGAGCGCCAGCUUUCCGAGUUGCAGGGCACCAGUGCGUCGCUGACGCACGAGCCGUCGCACGCUUCCCACUUGGGCCGCUCUGUGUCGGUGUCCGAAGACGAGUCGGCGAAGCAGACGCCUACCGACACCUCGCAAUCCUCCACAGGGAAGGAAGAGUAG